AUGGUUGACCACAAAGGGGACUCAUCCCCAAAAGCCGACGAGCAAUACAGCUCGGCCUUGGCUCGCGACGAGGACGCUCCACCCGACUACGCGAGUGGGCAGGUGCAGGAUGAGCAAGCCUUCAAGUUUUCCGAGUCGAGGAAAAUCGGUGUCACUGGAGCAGUGUUCUUGAUUUUGAAUAAGAUGAUCGGCACAGGGAUCUUCUCGACGCCAUCCGGCAUCUUCGCAUCCACGGGCUCAGUCGGGAUAAGCAUUAUAUUGUGGCUGAUAGGCGGUAUCCUCACCUUCGCCGGACUGUCUGUGUUCCUCGAAUUCGGUCUCGCGAUUCCUAGGUCCGGUGGCGAGAAGAACUACCUCGAGCGCGUAUACCGCCACCCUCGAUACCUGGCCACCUGCGUUCUUGCCUCGCAGAUGAUUCUGUUGGGAUUCUCGUCGGGAAACUCUCUGGCCUUUGGGCGUUACGUCCUCUACGCGUCCGGCUCCACAGAACCCGACGGGUGGGCAGCGAGAGGACUCGGCAUCGCUUGUGCCACAUUCGCCGUGGCGCUACACUCCGUGCUGCCAAAGUGGGGUCUUCGCUUGGUGAACGUACUGGGAAUUUUCAAGGUGGUGAUCCUCAUCUUCAUCGUGUUCAGUGGCUUUGCCGCCCUUGCUGGGCGGCGUCUUGUGCCGAACCCGCAUAACUUCGACAACGCGUUUCGAAUCGAGGAGGGGGACGGAUACGGUAAUGGCGGAGCUUACGGCUAUGCGACGGCUCUUUUGAGGAUCAUGUACAGCUACAAGGGUUGGGAGAACGCCAACUAUGUGGUUGGCGAGCUAAAGAAUCCGAAGCGGACGCUUGCGGUUGCUGCGCCCCUCGCCGUCGGAGGAGUUACAGUACUGUACCUGCUGGCAAACGUUGCGUACUUCGCUGCGAUCCCCAAGAGUGACCUGGCCAAGUCAGAAGUUAUUGUCGCCGGUCUCUUUUUCCGCAACGUUUUCGGAGCGAGCGCGGGUGCUAGGAGCCUGCCGGCAUUUGUGGCUCUGAGCAACUUGGGCAACGUCCUAGCCGUGUCCUUUGCGCAUGCGAGACUGAAUCAGGAAUUCGGCAAGGAGGGCAUGCUGCCUUUCAGCGGAUUCUGGGCCUCGAACAAGCCAAGCAAUGCGCCUGCAGCUUCGCUGUUCCUACACUGGCUCAUCACCGUUAUUAUUCUCGUAGCUCCACCCGCGGGCCCAGCGUACAACUUUAUUGUUGAUCUAUACACUUAUCCGGGUGUCUGGAUCAACGGAUCUGUGGCUGCCGGGCUCAUCUAUCUGCAAUUCAAGAAGUCGGAGAACUGGUCGUCGCCAUGGCACACCUACCUCCCUGUCACUCUACUUUUCCUCGCAAUGAACGUCUUCUUGGCCAUUGUGCCAUUCAUCCCACCAACAGGGAGCUGGGAUGCCGAGGGCUAUCCGUACUACAUCUUCCCCGUGGUUGGUGUGGGCGUUCUCAUCCUUGGAGGCAUCUACUGGACCGUGUGGACAAAAGUGCUGCCGAGCAUUGGCGGCUACAAGGUUGUGGCUGAUCGGAGGGUGACUGACGAUGGCGCCGAGGUGGUGAGAUAUAUAAAGGUGAGGACAAAGGACGGGUCGAGGGUUCACUGA